AUGGUACGUGAACAAUUCACCACAACAACACAAGGCACCAGCCUAGAGAGGCCAGAGAACCAAUAUGUCUACAACAUUGGCAUUUAUGGCUGGAGAAAGCGUUGCCUCUACCUGUUUGUCCUCCUCCUGCUUAUCGUCCUAGUUGUGAAUUUUGCUUUGACAAUUUGGAUUCUUAAAGUGAUGUGGUUUUCUCCAACUGGGAUGGGACAUUUACAUGUUACAAAAGAAGGACUUCGACUGGAAGGAGAGUCAGAAUUCUUAUUCCCUUUGUAUGCCAAAGAAAUUCACUCUAGAGUGGACUCAUCACUACUUCUACAGUCUGCUCAUAAUGUGACUGUGAAUGCUCGCAAUUCAGAUGGUGAAGUCACAGGCAGAUUAAACGUGGGUCCUAAAAUGGUAGAAGUCCAUGGUCAGCAAUUUCAGAUCAACUCCGUAGAUGGCAAGCCACUUUUUACAGUGGAUGAAAAUGAAGUUGUCGUUGGUACAGAUAAACUUCGAAUCACAGGGCCAGAAGGGGCCCUUUUUGAACACUCUGUAGAGACACCACUUGUCAGAGCAGAGGCUUUUAAACCGCUUAGAUUGGAAUCACCAACUCGGUCUUUGAGCAUGGAUGCACCAAAAGGGAUUAAUAUUAAAGCACAAGCUGGCAAUAUUGAAGCUCUCUCUCAGAUGGAUAUCAAAUUGCAUAGCAGUGAUGGAGUGCUUCUGCUUGAUGCUGAAACUGUGCGGCUGCCCAAAUUGCCUGAAGGGACAAGGGGUGGAUCUGAUAGAUCUCAGGAACUCUAUGAGAUCUGUGUUUGUCCAGAUGGAAAGCUUUACUUGUCAGCAGCUGGUCGGUAUUCAACUUGCCAGGAAUACAGUCAUGUCUGUCAAUAA